AUGAAUCGGAUGGUGUAUGAUGCUUUUAGGCCUUAUGGAGUAUUCUCUCACGUGAAUGAUAACAUAGAAGUUGAGGGAUAUACGGAGGAUGAGUUUCCCAACGAAGAUGCCAAACGAUUUUAUGACAAGUUGAUAUCUUUCAACAAGCCCAUUUAUGAGGGAGCUACCCAAUCAAUAUUAUCAAUAUCUACUCAACUUCUUGAAAUUAGGUCUAAUUGGCAUGUUCCACAAAAAGGUUUAGAUUUUGUUGCACAAAUGCUUAAAAGUGUAUGUCCAGUUCAAAAAUGCUUGCCCGAGAACUAUUACCAAGCAACACAGUUGGUAUCUAAGUUAGGGCUAAAGGUUGAGAAGAUUGAUUGUUGUAAGAAUGGUUGUAUGUUAUAUUACAAGGAUGAUAGCAAGCUAUCAGAGUGCAAAUUUUGUAAUGCUCCUAGGUUCAUUCCUCGCAAGACUGGCAUGGGAAAUUACAAAGAUAUCCCAGUGAAGAGAAUGUUCUACUUCCCAAUCAUUCCCAGAUUACAAAGAUUGUAUGCAUCAACUGAGUCGGCAACUGAAAUGAGAUGGCAUCACAUGAACAAAAAUAGUUCUAACAUCCUUCGCCACCCGUCAGAUGGAAAAGCAUGGAAACAUUUUGAUAGUGUAUAUCUUGACUUUUCUAGGGAACCCAGAAAUGUAAGGUUGGGUCUGUGUUCAGAUGGUUUUACUCCUUACAUUCAAGCGUCUGCUUCUCCAUACUCAUGUUGGCCAAUAAUAGUUACUCCGUAUAAUCUCCCCCCUGAAAUGUGCAUGACCAAAGCAUACUUGUUUUUGGCAUGCCUCAUACCCGAACCUAAAAACCCUAAAUUAAAGAUAGAUGUCUACUUGCAACCAUUGAUUGAUGAUCUACAUCGAUUGUGGUCCAAUGGAAUAUUGACCUAUGAUAUAUCUACAAAACAAAACUUCAUCAUGAAAGCCUGCUUGACGUGGACAAUUAAUGAUUUUCCAGCCUAUGGUAUGUUAUCUGGAUGGGGAACACAAGGUAAAUUGGCAUGCCCUCAUUGUAUGGAACACACUGAUGCUUUCACCUUGAAAAGUGGCCAUAAGAAUUCCUGGUUUGACUGUCAUCGUCGUUUCUUGCCAUCUAAUCACUCCUUCAGAAGGAGUAAAAGAAGUUUCCUAAAAAAUAGGGUUGUGACCAAUGAGCCACCUCCCAUUUCCAUAGGGAAAGAUAUAUGGGCGGUAAUAAGUAAUUUUCCAAAAGUUACUGAAAUUGGAUGGGAGGCGAAAUGGAAAGAAUUCGAAGGGUAUGAAGUGGAUCACAGUUGGAAAAAGCGAAGUAUUUUUUGGGAUCUCCCAUAUUGGAAGGAUAACUUGUUAAGGCAUAACCUCGAUGUGAUGCACAUAGAAAAAAACGUCUUCGAUAAUAUAUUUAAUACUGUCAUGAAUGUUAAGGACAAAACAAAGGAUAAUGAAAAGGCAAGAGAAGACUUGGCUAAAUUAUGCUUUCGCGGGGACUUGGAGCUCCAACCCUUAGAAAACGGAAAGAAUGGUAAAACAAAGGCUAGUUACACUCUAACCAAAUCUAAAGCCAAGUUGGUUUAUAAAUGGCUUAAGGAAUUGAGAAUGCCAGAUGGCUAUGCUUCAAACCUCAGUAGCAUAUUCUUAGAGAACCACUCUCUAGAUAUAGAAGAUUCAUCUGUGCGCAUACAUAUAGAGUUUCCCAUAUGGCUGAAGAAAUAUGUAAAUGAGGAGACAAAUGGAGUUACUAACCAAGAUAUAAUUGCCUUAUCUCGCAGUCCUACAUCAAUGGCCAUAUCAUGGAACAUGUAUUUUAUCAAUGGGUACAAGUUUCAUACUGAAGAAUGGAGCAAAGGUAGAAAAACUAGCAAUUGUGGUGUGCACGUGAAAGGUCUUGCAGAAGGAGGAAAUACUGAUUUUUAUGGAAUAAUCAAACAUAUCUUUGAGCUAGAUUACUUUGGUCUGAAGCAUAAGAUUCCAGUUUUUUAUUGUGAAUGGUUUGAUCCAACAAGGAAUACAGGCACAAAGGUUCACCCACAAUAUAAAACUGUGGAUAUUAAGAUGGAUAAACGUUAUCGUCCUUAUGAUCCUUUCAUCCUUGCGCAAAAUGCAAAACAAGUGUAUUAUGUCCCAUAUCCAGAAAUGUGUAGAGAUAUGCGUGGAUGGUGUGCGGCAAUCACCACAAAACCAAGGGGCCGCGUAGAGAUUGACAACAUAGAGGAUGAAGUACCUUAUCAAUCUGAUAGGAUGUUACCUGCGCUACCCAAUGUAGAAAUUGAAGCAAUAUCUUGUUUGCGUGACAUGUCACAAUUAGAUGUGUUUGAAGAGAUUUUUGAUUGCUCUACUAGUGAAGCAGAUAGAGGGCAUUGA